UUGAGUAACAGUUGUACUGAAACGAAAUAAAUAUCGUAGGCAUUAUUUAUAGAGUUUUAGUAGUUACUGGAGUGAUCAUAAAAUUGCUAGCUUGAGUAUAUAAUAUGUCUGAACUGUUGAACUGACUAUUGAGAACAUUUAUAUUUGAGAUUUCAGUGAGUUCUACACGUUUCCUCCCUUCGAACCGCAUUGAAAUAUUUUUAAGGAUGAAGCGAGUGCACAGUUGGCUCGCAUUGGCAAUGAUGGUCUCGCUGGUUGUCGCACAAGAGGUCAGGGAGGAACCGAAAGAGACGUCAGAGGAGGGUGCAGGAGAGGGAGAGGGAGAGGGAGAAGGAAGGAUCCUUGGCCUGGGUCACUUGAUCCGUGGGGGACAUGCGUUGGCAGAUGCCGUGGUGGGAGGGGUGGUUCAUGGAAGUAAUUAUGCCGGUACAAGGCUGCAGCAGAAUUUAUUUGGCGGUCUUUUUGCACCAGCAAUGCCACCUGUAUCACCAUUCCAAUCUCCCUUCUACAGUCCUUACUAUGCACCAAAUUUCGCACCAAGCUACGCACCAGGAUUUAUCGCACCAAACUACGCCCCGCCGGGAUUUGUGAGGGCCCCUGGCCAGGCUCCGGGACUCCACAGGCCAGGCCACCCGGGCUCUUAUCAGCCCCAAUUCCCCCGUCAGGAUGAUCCUUACCCAUUGAACUUCGAUGGGAAUGAAUUCCCUGUCCAAAGAUCUCCUGAUGAUUAUUAUAUACAUUGACACAGUCAAAUUAAUUUGUUAUUGUUGAUUAUUAUUACUACCAUGCGACUUUGUAUUCUAUUUAAAUCUAGUCUCAAUAUAUUAUCAUAGUUUCCAUUAGUUUGUAGGAAAUUGAAAUGUCUUUAAAGAAUGUUAUAGUUUAAAAUAUUUCAUCAUUAUUACCUAAUUUUCUCAUGUUAUUACUCUCGAAAAUAAAUUUUUACUCUGUUGAAUAUUGGAUUUCCAAUA